AUGCACAGCUCAAUCCUCUUAGCCGCUUGGGCUGGCGUCUCUUUUGUCCUAUACAAGAUCAUCUCUUCGAUCAUCAUCUCACGCCGCCAUGCUGCUGCUGCACGUCAACUGGGCUGCCUGCCUGCCCAUCCCGCCAAACAAUCGUCGCUUGAUCCCUUUGGAGUUGUCAAUAUUACGAAAGUAUUAAAGGCAGACAAGCAAGCUCGUUUACCCCAGUAUUUCAAAGAGCGCGUCGAUAUUGCAAAUGCCGAACAAGGCAGAACUAUCACCACAUUUCACCAGAACAUGAUGGGUGCCGAAUCUUUCUUCACAAUAGAACCAAGAAAUAUUCAGGCUAUAUUGGCGACGCAAUUCAAAGACUUCGGACUAGGAGAGAGGCGAAAUGGAAAUUUCGCUCCGCUGCUUGGCCACGGCAUUUUCUCCAGCGACGGCGAGCAAUGGGCCCAUGCGAGAUCACUGCUUCGGCCUCAGUUCGCGCGAGACCAGGUUAGCGACUUGGACCUUGAAGAGGAACAUGUACAGAACAUGAUGCGAGUAAUUCCUACCAACUCAGACGGCUGGACAGACGUCACGGACCUCAAGCCGCUCUUCUUCCGCCUGACCAUCGACAGCGCUACAGAGUUCUUGUUUGGCGAGAGCGUUGACUCUCAGCUUUCAGCGCUACCUGGUUACAAGUCCAGUAGACCCCCCAUGGCUGUAAGCGAAAAAGAAUUUGCUCUUUCCUUCGACAAGGCCCAAAGCACCAUCGCCACAGCUAGCCGACUUCAAGAGGGGUACUGGCUCGUCUAUGACAAGGCGUUCAAAGAGCACUGCAGGAAAUGCCAUGAAUUCAUAGAUCACUACGUCAACCUUGCGCUAUCGAAAGACAAGAGUACCAUACAGGAGAAGUCGCAUGGAAAGCGAAAGUACGUCUUCCUUGAUGCACUUGCAGAGUCUACCCGCAACCCCAUCGAGCUUCGAGAACACCUAAUUUCGAUUCUCCUAGCCGGUCGUGAUACCACGGCGUCGCUGUUGUCAUACGUGUUCAUGCUUCUUUCACAGCACGAGGAUGUCUACAAGAACCUACGCAGCGUCAUCCUGGAGUCGUUCGGCACUUACUCCAACGCACAAGAUAUAACAUUUGAGGGGCUGAAGGCCUGCAACUAUCUGCAGUGGGUUCUGAACGAGACUCUGCGUCUCUAUCCUGUCGUCCCUAUUGAUGGCCGCCGUGCUCUCAAAGAUACUACCCUGCCCGUCGGUGGCGGUCCGGACGGCACAGGACGUAUUUACGUGAAGGAGGGCACGCAAGUCGACUACAGCGUAUACAUCAUGCACCGUCGUAAAGACUUGUGGGGUGCCGACGCUGACGAGUUCAAACCGGAGCGCUGGAACGGAAGGAAGAGCGGCUGGGAGUAUCUUCCUUUCAACGGUGGCCCAAGGAUUUGCAUUGGGCAGCAGUUUGCUCUAACAGAAGCUGGUUAUUCGGUUGUAAGGCUGGUACAGAGGUUUGAGACCAUUGAGGGUGUUGGGAACAGUUGGGAGUCAAAGGAGCAGGGUGGGAUGGGAUACGUUAGGAACGCAUUGAGCUUGACAACGUGCCCCGCGGAUGGUGUCAAGCUGAGGAUGAAGGAGGCUAAGCAGUAA